AUUCAUUCUCUUACUCUUCUCUUCUCCUCUCUCUCUCUCUCUCCAUCUCUCUCUCUCUCUCUCUCUCUCUGAUCCCAUCUUUCUCAUUCCUUAAUUUUCUCUUUCCAAAUUUACCCUCACAUUUCCUUCGAAUUCUCCAUUCUCUAUCAUUUCUUUAAGCCACUCAAGCUUCUCAGAUGUCUGUGGUCACCUCUAAGCUUCGUUCUCCAGUUAAACCUAUGGUCGAGUCACGAGCCAUCCUCUGUUCGACCGGCAACAGAUUCAGGGUUUCCAAAACAGAGAUCGCGAAGAAGAAGCCACAGCAGCAUCCACGAGUGACGAAAUCUCCGGCGAGUGAGAAUCCGCCGGAUUCCUCCGUGACGAGCAAGAGCAACUUUUCAGCAUCAACUGAUGAUUCCUCCUCCUCCUCGUCAUCCUCGGAACGUUCAUCGGUGAAGACGGCAAACUCCGGGAAAACUGUUACUCCGUCGAAACGGAACGGAUCAGUCAGGAAACUCAACAAUGUCGCCGCCGUCGCCGCCGUUGAGGACAUUUCUCCUGAAAAUCCGGGACCGGUUAAGAGAUGCCAUUGGAUCACACCUAAUUCAGACCCAAUCUACGUGUUGUUCCAUGACGAGGAAUGGGGUGUUCCUGUUCGUGACGACAAGAAACUCUUCGAGCUGCUUGUCUUCUCACAAGCAUUGGCUGAGCUCAGUUGGCCUUCAAUCCUUCACAAAAGAGAAGCCUUUAGGAAGCUCUUUGAAGAUUUCGAUCCUUCAGCUAUAGCACAAUUCACAGAGAAGAGGUUGAUGUCUCUUAGAGUAAAUGGGUGUCUCAUUUUAUCCGAACAGAAACUGAGAGCCGUUGUAGAUAACGCAAAAUCGGUUCUCAAGGUCAAACAAGAAUUUGGAUCAUUCAGCAACUACUGUUGGAGAUUUUUCAAUCACAAGCCUUUAAGAAAUGGAUACCGCUAUGGUCGUCAAGUACCGGUUAAGUCUCCAAAGGCAGAGUACAUUAGCAAAGAUAUGAUGCAGAGAGGGUUCCGCUGCGUUGGUCCUACUAUCAUUUAUUCCUUCUUGCAGGUCUCUGGCAUUGUCAAUGAUCAUCUCACAGCUUGCUUCAGAUACCAAGAAUGUAAUGUUGAGACUGAGAAAGCACCAGAAAGUCCCGAGACUGAGACCGAACUGGAUCUGCAUUCUCCAUGAUUUGUUUAACCAGCAGAAGGGAUUGGAUUGUUAAGACGAUGACGAUGACUAGAGUUUGUAUGCAUUAUGAUAAUGUAGCAUCUGUAGCUAGCUGUGUUCAUUGGGUUGUGCUUUUCUUCUAGCUAGCUUUGUCUAACUAGAUAUUUGAUGAUGUGGGUUAGUUUUUGACAAAAAUAUUGAAUUGCAGGGAAAUAAAGA